AUGAACCGGCAACCUUACAGCAUUAGAGCGGGAGGUGGAGGCAGGUCCUACAGCGCUGCCUCUGCCAUUAUUCCAAGUGGCAACCGGGCUGGCUUUAGUUCGAUGUCUGUAGCACGAUCUGGAGGAGGAGGUGGCAGUGGCAGUGGUGGUGGUUUUGGCAGCAGGAGCCUCUAUAACCUUGGUACUAGCAAGAGGAUAGCCAUCGGUGUUGGAAGCAGCUUCCGAGCUGCUUUUGGGAGUGGAGCUGGUGGUGGUUCUGGCCUGGGAGGUGGUGGUGGUGGUGGUGUAGGGGGGCUGGGAGGACUCAGUGGAGGGCUGGGUGCUCCCAGACACCCAGUGGUAUUUGGUGGUGGCCCACCGGGAAUUGGUACAAUCCAAGAAGUGACCAUCAACCAGAGCCUCCUGGCACCGCUGAACCUGGAGAUAGAUCCAAACAUCCAACAGGUGCGCAAAGAUGAAAAGGAGCAAAUCAAGACCCUCAACAACAAGUUUGCAUCUUUCAUUGACAAGGUUCGCUUCCUGGAGCAGCAGAACAAGGUCCUUGAGACCAAAUGGACCCUCCUGCAGGAGCAGGGGCAGAAAAACAACUCAGGCAAAACCAACCUGGACCCACUUUUUGAGGCUUACAUCAACAACUUGAAGCGGCAGCUGGCCAACCUGCUCAACGAGAGAGGACGCAUGGACGGGGAGCUGAAGAACAUGCAAGACCUCGUUGAGGAUUUCAAGAACAAAUAUGAAGAGGAAAUAAACCGACGCACAGCAGCAGAGAAUGAAUUUGUGGUGCUGAAGAAGGAUGUGGAUGCUGCUUACAUGAAUAAGGUGGAGCUGGAGGCCAAGGUGGAUGCCCUGACCGAUGAGCUCAGUUUCCUCCGAGCCCUCUAUGAUGCGGAGCUGGCUCAGCUCAGUUCACAAGCGUCCGACACCGCCGUCAUUCUGUCGAUGGACAACAACCGGGACCUGGACCUCAGCAGCAUCAUUGCUGAAGUCAAAGCUCAGUAUGAAGACAUUGCAAACAGGAGCCGGGCCGAGGCGGAGGCUUGGUACCAAACCAAGUUUGAGGAGCUGCAGGCCACGGCUGGGAAGCAUGGGGACGACCUGCGCAACACAAAGGGUGAAAUCUCUGAGCUCAACCGGCUGAUCCAGAGGAUCCGGUCAGAGAUAGAGAACACAAGGAACCAGUGUGCCACCCUGCAGACGGCCAUCGGAGACUCCGAGGAGCGUGGGGAGUUGGCCCUCAAAGACGCCAGGGCAAAGAUGAUUGAGCUGGAGGAUGCUCUGCAGAAAGCCAAAGCUGACAUGGCCCGGCAGCUCCGCGAGUACCAGGAGCUAAUGAACGUCAAACUGGCGCUGGACAUCGAGAUCGUGACCUACAGGAAGCUGCUGGAGGGAGAGGAGAGCAGGCUGAGCGGAGAGGGACUCAACCCCAUCAGCUACUCUGGGUUAGGAGGAGGAUUUGGUGGAAUGAGCCUAAGUGGAGGAGGCGGUGGAAGUGGUUUUGGUCUCGGAGGAGGUGGCGGAAGCGGUUUUGGUCUCGGAGGAGGCGGCGGAAGCAGUUUUGUUCUUGGAGGAGGAGGUGGAAGUGGUUUUGGUCUUGGAGGUGGUGGUGGAGGCUACAGCUUUGGAAGCGGAGGAGGACUUGGACUCGGAGGUGGUGGUGGUCUUGGAGGCGGAUUUGGAGGAGGCAGUGGUCUCAGCACUGCAAGUGGCCUUGGCUACGGAGGAGGAGGUGGCGGCAGCGCUUUGAGCACCAGCGGAGGGAAUUUCAGCUCUGGAAGUGCAAAAGGCACCAACCCAGGUGUGAAAAUUGUCUCCAAAACCUCCUCCAGCAAAAAGAGCAUAAAAAGCCAAAGCCUGAAGAACGCUACACAGCCUGAGUGA